UGGCCGGCCCUUCUCAGUCUUUCUUCUUGGGAAGACCUGAAGGUGGGAAGAGAGGAUCAGGCGAUGUGGAGUUGGAGGGGGCUGCAGAGGUUAAAAGUUCUUUUUUUUCUCAACGUGCAGGGAAAGCGAAGGGUUACGAGAGCAGCCUGCCUUAUGACGAUUCUUAAAACAUUUCCCCCAAAAAAUGGAGAACCCACAUACUCUAUAUAGGUCGACCACAGAUAGGAUCAUGAAAGGAAGUUUUCUUCCCCUGUAUUUAAAUCUAGAUAGUGACACCUGAACUUCCAUUAUUUCUGGCUGCGGUUCCUGGCCGUCUGCCCUGUAAAACAGGAAUAGUUUGUCAACCAAAUAAGCUUUUAUUUAUUUAUUUAAAGCAUUGAUAUAGAUGUUGAAGUACAUUUUGGAGCUAAGGGAGGUAGGCCCGAAAUCAGAUAUGGAAGAGAUCACAUCUCUUUACAUUGUUAUAGGCCCCCCUGAACAUGUCUGUUAUAUGCACAAGAUUUCUGGGUGUCACGUUGGGGAGUCAUUACACCACCACCACCCCAUGACAAAGCAUGAACAAAGAGAUACCAUGAUCUGGGUGCUUAGGGAAUUGGGUGGUAUUGACCCAUUUAUUAGUUGCUUGGUGAAAGUUACAUGGUUGGUACUUGUAUCUGAGAUGCUUUUCUGCCCCAUAUAGCUACGUGAUCAACUUUCUAUUUCCAAAUAUUGUUAACCACAGGACUGGAAACAGAAGUAUUGAGAUUCUAGAUGUGUGGCUUUGAAUCAUCUGCAUUCUGAAAUUAAACAUUUUUGGGUGGAUAGAGUCUCACUCUUGACAUGGAGUGAUUGAGAUUGAAAUCCCCUUAGGUAGAAGAGUUUGAGCCAAUCCUUAUUUGUCACUGCCGGUUUGAGUUAUUGAAGGGAAACGGUCUCUGUAGACAUGAGCCCUUGGUUAGGAAUAUGAGAUAACAAUGUAGUAAGUGGGUGCUGCCAGAAUCUCAUUUCUAAGUGGUUAUGGCUGCACAGUGCAGAGAUGGUGAAUGCAAGUGCCAAUGACAAGAUUGUUUUCCAUGCUGAUAGCAGUAAUAGGGAUGUAACAAUAAUGUGGGAGUCACCUAUUUGACGUAACUGUGUUUUUUCCAUUCUUUACUACAACCAACAUGGACGAGUUGCUGUGCAAGCAGCAGCUGUAUAUUUGCAAAUAUUCAAAUAAUUGCAUUAUUCCAGUCCAUCUAGUUUUUCAGUAUGCUCUCCAGCUCUUUUUAAACUGAUGGCUUCAAGCUAAUGUCCUCCUAUUUCAGUUCCCAUGGAGGACACAAGUUCAGGAAACUAUCUGUUCUGAUCGUCAAUGAUCUCCCAGUUUUUACAACAAUGGUCUUUGCCAUCAUGUAACAGGAGAUAACAGGCUGAAACUGGUUCUUUUGCUUGUCAAACUGGAUGCUUCCACUAAUCUAUAUCCAAUCACUGCUUAUGGUUAUCCAGCAGAACAAUGUCUAUAUAAUUCUAAGGUGGGAUAUUUGCAAGGGAACAGACGGACAUAAAAGGGUGCACCUUGUUGAGAAAGUGAUAAUAGUAGAGAUAAUAUAAUGGAGAAAUGUAUGUCUGAACAACUGUCACAGUUGUUUGGUGGAAUCGUUGCCAUUGCAAAAUUGUUCUUCUAUGGUUGGUGCCCAUUCUGUAGCAGAACCUACUUGUGAAGGAGUUGGUUGAAUCCAAAUGUAGAGUCAGGAGGAGAUUAGAAUGAGGUGAAUCUGGGCUUCCUUGUGAAACAGAUCUCUGUAUUAUAUUUAAGAAUGUGAGAAUAACCCAUAGAUCAGGCCUAGACUCCUCUAGCCACCAUUCCAUUUGCUGUAGUAGUUUAUCACAUGUAUCUAAGAAGAGAUAAGUGGAGCCCUCCUGUCCCAUUGUUGGUGCUAUGAACCUAAUACUUAAAAGUUGCCAUAUGCCCAUUCAUCAGAGCUAGAGGACAAUGACUGAACUGUCCUUUAAAAGUAUAUCUAAUCUCCAAUUGAAGCACAUAAAAUAAUGGCCAGCAUCAGAUCUUAGUAGUUAUUUCAUAAGUUGAUUACAUGCUACAUGAAUAAAUAUUUCCUUUUAUUGCUUUUAAAUCCACAAAUUAUCUUCAUUGGUGGCCUCUAGUUCUAGUAUUGUGGGAAAUGGAAAACUCCCCCAGAUUAGUCUUUCUUCCCCAUAUAUAAUUUUUAAAAACUUAAUUAUAAUUUUUGUAUUUCUUUUUUCUCAAUCAAACUUCACCAAUCAUUCUAUCUUGUCUUCAAGGCCCCUGAUCAUCUCGAGUGUCCUUUUUUGUAUUAUCUUCAGUUCCAUAAUAUCUCUCCUGAAGUGUGCAGACCAGAAUGGUAUACGAAAUGUGACACACAAUAGGAAAGGCGGGGGGUCCCUUGAGGUCCCAUUUGUGGGCUUCCUAAAUGCAUCUGGUGGAUGUGAGGUGGAAUGCUAUAUAUCUGAUGGAUGUUCUGUUGAAGCCAAUCACUAGUAGUUGCAUUGGCAUCCUUCUUAGAGAGGCAGCCAGCAAAUCAGUCCUGCCAUUAUAAUAUGACUGAGAAGUGAAGGGUAAGUGUUUAUGGUAAUUAAUACUUAAAUUCUUACAGAGUGCAUUUGUGUAAUGAUGACAGAAACUACUGGAUGGCCACAGGCAGUUCUAUCAAAAUGGCGGCUUCUGUUCUUGUGUUGAAUGGUGGUGAUUAUCAGGGAUUGGGAAACUCUGGCUUUUCAGAUGUUAAACUACAAUAAACAAUAGUCCCAUCAGUAUGAUUAGUGGUGAGAGAGGUUGGGAGCUAUAUUUUUCAAUAUCCACUGGUCCAAAAUUCCCAUAACAACCAGUAAAUGACUGGAAAGCUGCCCAGAAUGAUUAUGUGUAACCCGUAAUUCUUGGAGGAGACAAACAGAAUAAGAUUGUUUUCUAGUUUAGAAUCUGCCAUUGAGGAGGUUUUGAAUUAUGGAAAUAGGAGAUUUUAGUCUAUGGAAAAUAUGGAAUCUCACUGCUAUUGAGGCUGGAUUUGGAAACCAUUUUAAUAAGGAGAAGAAGGAAAGAAGAUCUCUGAAUGAAAACAUAAGUUAAAAGAUGCAGGACCGAGAUAAGGAGAUGAGGACUGGGGAUUUUGAAAGCUGCUGUUCCAACACAUAUAGAAAAUACCAACUUGGAAAAUGGUGUCUUUAGGAACAUCAGUAUUUUAAUAUUGCAGAAGGAUGAGUCAACUUCUCAUGGCACCUUGCUUCAAGUUGCAGAAAAACAACAUUUGCUGACACUUAUUCAAUGUUAUAAGAGUAGAGAUGAACAUCAGUGAGGGACAUGGAACUUCUGAAUGGCAGGGUGAGCAUCUUGUGAGGAAGGGGUCUUGCAUAGGUGAAAAGAAGGCCUUGUAGUUGUAACAACUGUUGCUACGGUACGUGUAAGUUACUAGUGACUUAGAAAUGGAUAGACAAGGUUGGCAAUAAGCCCCUUGUGAAGAGCAAGGACUAUUUUACAACCACUCCAAAUGUUCUACAGAUGUGGGGUCUGAGAACAUGGAAAUCCUGCUUUUGUAAAUGCCCCAACAUUGAGAGCACAUAGGAAAGUAUGUCACUCAACAGAAGCAUCUCCCUCUCUUGGGGAACAGAAGUGGAAGUGGGGGGGGGGUUUGCUUGCUCUUGUGGCCGAGUAUCCUUCAUGCAGCAAAGGAGAUCCUGUGAGCAUUAAAAAAAAAAACCCAACCAACAACUGCGGUCUCUCUUUGUUAGCUUCAAGACAUACACAGCUUUUCAGCCAGGUUUUGGGAGGUUUGCUGUGGUUGUGCAACCUUCACCGGCAUCAUUGGCAUUUAAAAAAUUGUCACAAGGCAAAGUACACAAGAUUGACUCCUAAAAAGCUAACGUGACCAUGGGAGAUAUGAAGACUCCAGACUUCGACGAUCUGCUUGCAGCCUUUGACAUACCAGAUAUGGUUGACCCGAAAGCGGCUAUUGAAUCUGGCCACGAGGAUCACGACAGCCAUAUAAAGCAGAAUGUCCAUCCGGAGGAUGAUUCCCAUGCACCGUCCUCAUCUGAUGUCGGUGUAAGUGUCAUUGUGAAAAACGUGCGGACAAUUGAUUCCUCUGAAGGAGCGGAGAAAGACAACCACCAUUCCACAGGCAACGGGUUACACAACGGUUUCUUGACGGUAUCAGCUCUAGAAAGUUAUAAUAAAGAGGAAGGCAAAUCGCUCAAAGACGAGGGCUCCGUCUCGGAAAAUACACUGAAAGAGUCUGCCUUUAACCAAUUUAGUCCUAUCUCAAGUGCUGAAGAGUUCGACGACGACGAAAAAAUCGAGGUGGACGACCCCCCGGAUAAAGAGGACAUGCGUGGGAACUUCAGAACAAACGUAUUAACAAGGUCUGUCUCCCAGCAGGACUAUGAGAAGUUAAAAAUACUCGGAGGAGAAAACUUGAUGAAACACGGAGUUGCAGGUCCAGGUAAUUCUGAGAAACCCAAGGUGUCUAAAAGAGACUCGGAAACAAACCCAUCACCUUUGGGUCACUAUGAAUCCUUUAAAGCUAGGAAGAUAGACGACAAGCUGCUUAAAGAAAAUGCAGAGAAACUCCUUGAAAACAGAGCAGUCGAUGGGAAAAUAAAUCCGGAGAAAGGAGAAGCAACCCUUACCAGUCUUUCCCAGGCUAAAGCGAAAUCCUCAGCAAAACUCUCUUCCUGUAUUGCUGCAAUUGCAGCUCUAAGUGCUAAGAAAGCAGCCACGGACCCUGGUAAAGAUCCACAAUCCAAUUCAAGGGGAUCCUCUCCCUUGCAGAAAGACACCAGUGAAAGCCCCCGCGCCGUGGACAAAUCCCCCGAGUCUCAGAGCCUCAUUGACUGUGCAAAAAAGCCCCCUGUCAAACAACCUGACAGUCCCAGGAGUAUAUCAAGUGAAAACAGCAGCAAAGGUUCCCCACCAUCGCCUGCAGGCUCAACGCCAGCCAUCCCCAAAGUGCGCAUCAAAACCAUCAAGACAUCCUCAGGGGAGAUCAAGAGAACGGUCACGCGAGUGUUGCCGGACGUGGAUUUGUUGGACAGCGGUCGGAAACCAGAGCAAGCUGCUUCCAUGGUGGCUUCUGUGACAUCGUUGCUUUCUUCCCCGACUUCCGCUGCAGUUCUUUCUUCUCCCCCCAGGGCAUCUCUCCAGCCGACAGUGGUCACCAACGCGGUGGCUUCUGCGGAGCUCACUCCCAAGCAAGUCACCAUUAAGCCGGUGGCCACUGCUUUUCUCCCUGUAUCGGCUGUCAAGACGGCAGGAUCCCAGGUGAUCAACCUGAAACUCGCAAACAACACCACGGUGAAGGCCACCGUCAUAUCCGCUGCUUCGGUGCAAAGCGCCAGCAGUGCCAUCAUCAAGGCUGCCAACGCGAUACAGCAGCAAACGGUUGUGGUGCCCGCCUCGAGCCUUGCCAGUGCGAAACUUGUGCCAAAGACGGUCCAUCUUGCCAACCUUAAUCUACUGCCUCAAAGUGCUCAGACCACCUCCGAACUCCGUCAAGUGCUCACAAAACCUCAGCAACAGAUCAAGCAGGCAAUAAUUUCUGCAGCAGCUUCUCAGCCUUCGAAGAAAGUGUCUCGGGUUCAGGUGGUGUCCUCUCUACAGAGCUCUGUCGUUGAAGCUUUCAACAAGGUGCUCAGCAGUGUUAACCCCGUCCCAGUCUAUAUCCCAAACCUCAGCCCACCUAUAAACGCGGGCAUCGCUUUACCCACCCGUGGUUACAAAUGCUUGGAAUGCGGUGACUCCUUCGCCCUUGAAAAAAGCCUGGCUCAACACUACGACAGGAGGAGCGUGCGGAUCGAAGUCACCUGCAACCACUGCACAAAAAACCUGGUUUUCUAUAACAAAUGCAGCCUUCUUUCUCAUGCACGGAGUCACAAAGAGAAAGGGGUGGUGAUGCAGUGUUCUCAUUUGAUUUUGAAGCCAGUUCCUGCCGAUCAGAUGAUAGCUUCUCCCACCAGCAAUAGUUCUGUUACGUCGUCCAUUCUUCAGAAUCCCACCGGAGUGGGCACCCACACCAUAACGAAGAUACAAUCCGGCAUAACUGGGACAGUCAUAUCAGCUCCUUCAAGUACGCCUGUCCCACCAGCCAUGCCUCUAGAUGAAGACUCUUCGAAGUUGUGCAGGCAUAGUCUGAAGUGUUUGGAAUGUAAUGAAGUUUUCCAAGAUGAAACGUCUUUAGCCACCCACUUCCAGCAGGCUGCAGACUCGAGUGGACAAAAGACCUGCAGUAUCUGCCAGAUGUUGCUUCCAAAUUUGUGCAGUUUUGCAUCACAUCAGAGGAUACAUCAGCAUAAAUCUCCAUAUACAUGUCCUGAAUGUGGGGCCAUUUGCAGAUCAGUCCACUUCCAAACUCAUGUCACAAAGAAUUGCCUGCAUUAUACAAGAAGAGUUGGAUUCCGCUGUGUCCAUUGCAACGUGGUGUAUUCUGACGUGGCUGCACUCAAGUCCCAUAUUCAAGGUUCUCAUUGUGAAGUCUUCUACAAGUGUCCUAUUUGCCCAAUGGCAUUCAAAUCAGCACCCAGCACCCAUUCCCAUGCCUAUACCCAACACCCUGGAAUCAAAAUAGGAGAGCCCAAAAUCAUAUACAAAUGUUCCAUGUGCGACACAGUGUUUACCCUGCAGCCGUUGCUGUAUCGUCACUUUGACCAGCACAUUGAAAACCAGAAAGUAUCUGUCUUCAAGUGUCCGGACUGCUCGCUUUUGUAUGCACAGAAGCAACUCAUGAUGGAUCAUAUCAAGUCCAUGCACGGGACGUUGAAAAGCGUUGAAGGGCCACCGAACCUCGGUAUCAAUUUGCCAUUGAGUACAAAGCCUUCCAUCCAGAACUCAGUCAGCCACAAUAAAGAGGACUCGAAAUCCAUCAAUGGGACGGAUAAAGCAGAGAAGAAUUCCCCCACUACUGCGAAGAAGGCAGAGCCCAAAAAAGGGUCUAAUCCUGGCUGGACAUGCUGGGAAUGUGAUCGGCUGUUUACUCAGAGAGAUGUUUAUAUAUCCCACAUGAGGAAAGAACACGGAAAACAAAUGAAGAAACAUCCUUGUCGACAGUGUGACAAAUCAUUCAGUUCAUCGCACAGCCUUUGCCGCCACAAUCGUAUCAAGCACAAAGGCAUCAGGAAAGUUUACACCUGCUCGCACUGCCCGGAUUCCAGAAGAACUUUUACUAAACGAUUAAUGCUAGAAAAACAUAUUCAGCUGAUGCACGGCAUUAAGGAACCUGACGUGAAAGAAAUGACAGAAUCAACGAACAUGGGAGAAAGUUCAGCCAAGGAAGACACGAAGGUUCCCAGUCCAAAGCGUAAAUUAGAGGAGCCCGUGUUGGAAUUCAGGCCCCCUCGAGGGGCCAUCACCCAGCCGCUGAAGAAGUUGAAAAUCAAUGUUUUUAAAGUUCACAAAUGCGCCGUCUGUGGCUUCACAACCGAGAACCUGCUUCAGUUCCACGAACAUAUUCCCCAGCACAAAUCUGACGGCUCCUCCUAUCAGUGCAGGGAAUGCGGUCUUUGUUAUACGUCCCAUGUCUCUUUGUCUAGGCAUCUCUUCAUUGUCCAUAAGCUGAAGGAACCUCAGCCAGUUUCCAAACAGAAUGGCUCUGGAGAAGACAGUCAGCAGGAGAACAAGCCCAGCCAUGAGGAGGAAUCUACGGAUCGAUCCACCUCUGACAGGAAAUGCAAAGUGUGCGCAAAGACCUUUGAAACGGAAGCUGCCUUAAACACCCACAUGAGGACACACGGGAUGGCUUUUAUUAAAUCCAAACGAAUGAGUUCGGCUGAAAAAUGACCUGCUCCUGUCUUUCAUCCCAUAAGCAUCUUCCAAAAGCCCAGGAGGGGGU